GAAGUCUAUGGAAUCCUGGAGAAUCCUAUGGAAUCCUAGAGAAUCCUGGAGAAUCCGAAGGAAUCAUAGGGAAUCCUUGGAAUCCAGGAGAAUUCAGGAUUCCAGGAUUCUGUGCUUUCCCCCUUGGCUUCACAUCUGGCAAAAAGGUGAGAAAAGAGUGGGAAGAGGAUAUCCUUAAUGAUUCUAGCAUUAAAAAAAAUUUGUUUUACUGAACGUAGUCUUCUAUAUACUUUUGUACAUAAUUUUAUCAAUCAGUAUCCAAAACAGCUUAUUUCUGAGAGAUUUUCUAUAACUAAAAGUAUUUAUUAAAAUAAUUUUAGUAAGUUCAAACAAUGUCGAGUUUAAAAAUUAAAAAUCUUUUAUACUAAUCGUUUAGCUAAAGAACAACAACGUAUUGAAGACGAAAGAAAUGAAGAUAGUGCUCAACGACAUACCUCACAUUGGGUCAAAAUACAGAAGAAGAUGAUGCGACAAUCUUCCUUUGAUUCUGAUGUAGAACAUGAAACAGAACAAUCAACAGCACAAUAUCCAUUAAUUGAUGUUCAAAUUGAUACGACACAACGUUUUUUUAUUGGAAAAGAUUAUUCAAAUUCAUAUAAGAAAGAUUUUGAAUUUUUGGAAAAAUAUAAUGAGGAUUAUAUUGAACGUGAUAAAAAUCCUCGUAUGCCGUGGCAUGAUGAAGCACUAGUAGUUCUAGGUGAAGUAGCACGAGAUGCAGCAAGACAUUUUAUUCAAAGAUGGAAUAUUCAUAAGUGUGAACUAGGUCUAAAUGAUGGUUCAACACCAUUUUUAUUACCAAAAAGCUAUGAUGAUAAACACGAAUUAAAUGAUAUUGAUUGGAAAUCUUUUCUUGAUUCAACUCCUAUUCAAGUUGAUGCACAGGUAAUUGACAAAAUAUUUUACGAAUAUAAAAUGUAAAAUGAUAGGAGAUAAAAUUGUUGCUCGUUAAAUAAUAGCCGUAGCAUCUCAUAACUUUAGAGUUUUCUAUUUCAGUUCGAGUUAGAAAACUGUACUGAGUGAUGUUUCUUCAGCACAUGACUCAUAUGAGAAAUUCAACUCGAUAAAUAACAUAAACCUCUGAAUGGCUCGAAAUUCUAGUGUAGCUUAUUAAAUCCCUGAUUUGUCUGAUACAAUAAAGAAGAUGGCUCCUUCUAUCACUAAAGUGAGUUUACCAUUUGGUACUAUUACAAAUUGUCAUAGAUUAUGGGCAGAUUCAUUUCAAAUUUUUUAAGAUUUACCACAUCCACAAGAAAUAGUUCGUAGACGUAAAAUAGUUGAAGAAAUUUCUCAAACUUCAUAUCAACGGAAUAAAAAAAAUAAAGUUGGUUUAGAGUUGCUGAAAAGUGAUUUUUCGUAUUCAGCACACUCGAUAACCUAGAAGAUUUUCUAUUUUUGGCUCGGGGUACUUCCAAAAGUUUAAGAAAAAUUUUGAAACAAAAUGGCGCAAAAAGUUUUCCAUGGAAAAAUAAUAUUAAUUUGAAAACUUUUCCUAAACUUUAGGAAGUACCUCGAGUCAAAAACAGAAAAUCUUCUGGAUUAUCGAGUGUGCUGAAUACGAAAAAUCACUUUUCAGCAACUCUAAACCAACUUCAUUUUUUUCCGGUUAUAUGUCUAUCAAUAUUCAAUAUCAAUUUGCAACGAAUCUGCAUAGAUCUACUGUCCGUACCAAAAAGCAGUGUCCCUGGCUAUUUUACGAAUAACUUUUGAUAGAAGAGUGUCAGAGACUUAUGGUUUCCAGUUUUUGAAUUUAGACACUUGAAGACGUCUUUUAGCAGGGUUUUUUGACCUUUUACCUGCAUAAAUUAAAAACUCUAGCUCGGGUCAUUUCAACUUCAAUAUGGUACUCAGAACUUUCAAAAGGUACUCAGAACAGGUCAGGAAUUAUAAAUCAAGCAAUAAAAACUGCCUGAAACUGUACUG